AUGUCUUCGAUUCACAAAGUUUUGGCUGGCAAAUCGAGCGGAAAAUCAAGCUCAAAAGAGGAGAACAAUGCUUUCAUGAACAAGCAGCGUACGCUGCUCAUUUCGUCAAGAGGUGUCACUUACAGACAUAGACAUCUGAUUCAGGACCUCCACAGCCUGCUCCCACAGUCGCGCAAGGAACCCAAGCUGGACACGAAGAAAGACCUGGGGCAACUUAACGAAAUCGCGGAAUUGUACAACUGUAAUAACGUGGUGUUUUUCGAGGCUCGUAAGCAUCAGGACCUGUACAUGUGGUUGUCAAAGCCUCCUAACGGACCAACCAUCAAGUUCUACCUCCAAAACCUGCAUACCAUGGACGAGCUCAAUUUCACAGGUAACUGUCUGAAGGGUUCCAGACCGGUGCUGUCAUUUGACGCACGUUUCGACACAAGUCCACAUUUCAAGCUUAUCAAGGAAAUGUUCAUUCACAACUUUGGGGUACCACCCAACGCCCGCAAAUCGAAGCCUUUCAUAGACCAUGUCAUGUCGUUCAGCAUCGUGGACGAUAAGAUCUGGGUCCGGACGUACGAGAUCGCCCACAAGGCUAGAAACCAGGACGAAUACGAAGAAGGAGAAUCCCGCGACGCCAAAAAGGACGUCUCUUUGGUUGAGAUUGGACCCCGUUUCGUGAUGACUGUGAUUUUGAUACUCGAGGGCUCCUUUGGAGGCCCCAAGAUCUACGAGAACAGACAGUAUGUGUCGCCCAACGUUGUGAGGGCCCAGGCAAAGCAACAGGCCGCCCAGGAUGCCCGUAACAGAUCCGAUGCGGCUGUGCAGCGCAAAAUCCGCAGACGUGAAAAUGUACUGGCUGCAGACCCGCUUUCCAACGACGUGGUCUUCAAAAACUGA